AUGCCGGCAGCUCGACAGGCGCAGCAGUCACAGCCGCCUGCCGGGACGUCGGAACGUCGGAUGCCGGGACAACAGGGCAGAUUCGGGGCUUUUCUCACAGGACGCGAUCGCGGCUAUCUGGUGGAGAGUGGCAGAGUGGCAGAGUGGCAGCAAAAUCGACGUGGUACCUCCUACCAUACAGGUAUAGUACAGGUAUUUAUUUACCUUGGGUGGUUGAGUACUAGGAGUACCUCCAGACCUCCCGCUCAGCUCACAGACGAGCCAAAUGCAUGUGUCAGCGCUGGCUGUCAUGAGAUGACGGCCAAGUGGGCUGAAUGGUCUGCGAGUGCUGGAGGCUCCACUCCCAAGCAAAGUCAACUCGAGGCUUCCCGAGGGGGUCCAGGCGUUGAGCGGCCAGGACAGGGAAGGUUAAGUAUGCAGGAAGUUGUUGAUCACGACCGUCUCGUCUCUCGACAUUGUACGGCGGAGAGUCAUAAUAGUCGUGGUGCUGGUGUUGGUGCUGGUGUUGGUGCUGGUGCUGGUGCUGGUGAUGCUGGUGGUGGCGCUGCUGUUGCUAUUGCUGUUGUUGUUGUUGUUGCCGCUGCUGCUGCCGAUAUAGGAUGGGUGGGGAGGGGCUGGUAUGGAGGCACGGCGGCAUGCGUACACACGUUGAAAGCGUGGGAGCCUGGCGACUCUGGGAGCUGUUCGGGGCGCAGACUAGUUCCAGCCAAGCUAGGAAGAGAGGAGGCGUCGGGCCUUCGUAAGGAAUACAGUAAUCGUCGUGGCCGGAAAUCCACCAACGUCCUUGGGCACUCCGAUGGCGGGUCGAUGGAUCUCGGCGGGGCGUCGCCCUCGAGAAUGCCGGUGAAGCACAGCAGCUUCUAGGAGGUCGCUGGUAUACCACCGUCCACAGUACACCUUAGGUGCCGUGCCCAUUCAUGGGACCGAAUCAGCCAGGGGUGCCUGAGAGCCUGAUCAGGUGCUUAGUGCCGUGUUGUAUCUGGGGCAGAUGGACGC